AUGGCAAAUAAAAACAUUUACGAUUUGCCUGAAAACUCACCUUUAUCAAUUGAAAAUGAGAGCAUUUCUAGCGAUUCUAGGCAGUAUAGUCAAAUGUCUGAACAAGACGCUGAAUCAGCAUUUGCUACCCGCAGAGAACAAAUAAAAGCAGCACUUAUUUCCCAUUUUUUUAUCGAACAACAAACCAUCGUUCGGCCAAUGAUGGGGAUUAAAAAAUUAUAUAUUGUUCAAACUCGAUAAUUAAAUAUCAAAAAUAAGUAGCUUGAUUUUAAGGCUGAUAGGGGAGUGGAUUUAUUUCUAACGGCGUUAAAAUCAUUCAAUCAGGGAUAUGAGGAGUUAGAGUAAAAAAAUCACCCCAAAAGGCUAAAAUGCAAAGCAGCAAAACCUCUAACUCUUUUAUAGUUAACGCAUCUAAUCAUUCAGCUCCAGAAACACCGAAAAAAGCGUUUUCCAGACGAUCCUCAGUAAACUCUAUACAAAAAUCAUCUAAAAAAACUCCUGAAAAGAAAUUUAGUUCAACACCAUCUACGCCUCGGCGGGAUUUUUCAAAUCAAUCAUUAGCUAUUUCUAACAAAAAUCAAGAAGCUAACACGGGUGCAGGUCCAAUGAUCAUGCACUUUUGAUAGUGUACAUUUCACCAAAGUGCAUUAGGUUGAAAAUUGGCUGAAACUCUUUGAUAGUGAGACAUUUGGCCGAAAAUUCCGUUAAAUUAUGACCAAGUACCACACUAUUUGCAAAUUUUCGACAAAUAUACUUCGAUGAAAUGCACACUAUCAAAAAUAUACACUGUCAUUUUACAUGAAGCCGCUAACACUUCUGUUUCCUCAAUUCAUUUGAGACAAAUUUCAUUAAACCAAGUAUCCUCCAGUAAUGUAAGCUUUUCAAAAGAUAUUCAGAAUGACUUUAAACGAAAAAUGGACCAAAAAAUCACUGAGCCUGCAGUCAUAGAAAAAUAUGAUACCCUAUAUUAUCAUGUAUAAGUACAAUUAAUAAUUUAUUUUUGUAUAGCUUAAAAUUAAUCAAAAAAGCAUACAAAUGAGCCAUUGUGUGAGAGAGCAGUUAAGUGGAAAUUAAAUGCACAGAAUAAAUGAAACGAAAAGAAAAAAGAAAAUGAAGACGCUGAGAUGAAAGACUGCUCAUUUUACCCUAUAUUAAACGAUAAAAUAAACUUCGACAACUAUCAAGAUGAGGAUAUCUACACAAGACAGCUGAAAUGAAAAGAGCAAGCCCUGCUAAAAAAUGAAGAAAAUGCUAUAAAAAAGCACAUGAAAGAGCUAGAAGGGUGCACAUUCCGACCAAAAGUCCAUUCCAAAGCAAAAAGCCCAUUAAAAAGCUUAGGCGUCUAUAUGAGAAAUAUGAAGUGGAAAUCCCAAGUCGAGUCAAAAGUCGAAAAAAUCGAGCAGCAAAGCUUCAGUCAUUUGAGUUUUGAGCCAAAAAUCAACAUUUCUUCUAAAGGCCGACAAAGCGCUCUUGGUCAGUAUUUCCAUCAGGAUGGCUUAGUAAAGCGCUACAUGAAGCUUGACUAUCAGCUUAAUUCCAUCUCCAAACGAAUAGAGCAGGCUUUAUCUGAUGACCCUUUGUAUUAA